CAGUGUCCCGUCUCAUUCCGUCACACUUUGAGUCCAGACACACAGACACGCUCUGCAGUCUUGCAUCAAAGAAGGACGACUCUUCAUACUUCAUCCUAAUUUGGACUGAUUGUUGUGGUUCGGUGGAGUUCCUGGUUCUGCUUCGUCUUAAACCAUCCUCGCCUCCCUCCUUGAACACCCCCGCGCCCUGUUACCCCCGGCGGGAGGAAGACUCAACUUGACCCGCCAUGUUUCUCGCGCUGGUCGUGACGCCGGAGCUGCGGCAGUUCCUGGCCAGGGCAAGAGGCGGAGCGGCGCGCCUCGUCAAAGUCUGCAUCCACAACGAGCAGCUGGUGUUGGGAGCCUACAGAGAGCCACUGCAGCACUGGGACCAGGACUAUGACCACUUCCUGCUUCCUCUCCUGGACGACCAGGAGCCCUGCUACAUCCUGUACCGGCUCGACUCCCAGAAUGCUUUGGGCUACGAGUGGAUUUUCAUCUCCUGGUCUCCUGACCAGUCUCCAGUGAAGCAGAAGAUGUUGUACGCCGCCACUCGUGCUACAGUGAAAAAAGAGUUUGGCGGCGGCCACUUGAAGUACGAGAUAUUUGGCACCACGGAGGAGGACGUCUGCUUGCAGGGUUACCAGCAUUACGUGUCGUCCUGCUCGGGUCCAGCUCCGCUCACGCUAGCUGAGCAGGAGCUGCAGAGGAUCAAAAUCACAGAGGGCCGGGUAAAACAGGUGAAGACAGAAAUCAGCGUGGAGAGCAAACACCAGACACUUCAGGGCCUCGCUUUUCCUCUGCAGGAGUCGGCCAAAAGAAGCCUACACCUGCUGGCCCAGAGGCGCAUCAACUAUGUACAGCUGAGGCUGGAUGUGGAAAAGGAGACGAUAGAACUGGUCCACGCCAACCCGACAGAAACUCGUGAUUUACCCCGCAGGGUUCCCAAAGACACUCCCAGAUAUCACUUCUUCCUUUACAAGCACUCCCAUGAAGGAGAUUACCUGGAAUCUGUUGUGUUCAUAUACUCCAUGCCAGGAUACAGCUGCAGCAUUAAGGAGCGGAUGCUGUAUUCCAGCUGCAAAAGUCGACUACUGGAGGACAUGGAGAGGGAUUACCGCUUGGAAAUAGCCAAAAAGUUGGAGAUUGAAGAUGGAGACGAGCUGACGGAGGAAUUUCUGUACGACGAGGUCCAUCCUAAGCAGUACGCUCACAAGCAGGCCUUUGCAAAGCCCCGGGGCCCUGCAGGAAAACGGGGACAUAAGCGUCUUAUUAAGGGGGCAGGAGAGGCCAUUCAGGACAGCUAGAGGCAGAUAAUAAUGAAAAUAUAGAGUAUCUUAUUGUAGCAUUUUCAGGCCUUCCUUCCUGUUUCUCCAGAUAUCGAGAACAAAAUUUGUUUGGGAUGCGCCGUUUAAUUUCCUUUGGUCUUUGUGAUAAUGUUUUACAGACAAAUCGUCACUCACACCGAGACAAUCGGCUCCUGAGGAUUUGUGAUUUGCAGAAUGUGAAAUUCAAUGUUUGCAUCGACAUUUAGGAGAAAUGAACAAUACCAUUUUGUUUACACAGUGGUGUCGGGUAUUUUUUGUUAAGAUUUCAGCAUUUUUAUUGUCUGCAGGUAUCCAACAUGUUUAUUAAAUACUCAGUAUGUUGACCUGUUAAUGUUAGAGUCUGGACAUUUAAUUAAAGGGGAAUUAAAGCAGACCAGCAGUCUGAUUGUCUACAGUCAGACUGUGAGAGGUUUGCACUUCUCGUGAACAUUUA